UGGCCACCAGUUCUGACGUUGCCGCCGUCCCAACAUGGCCGCGUGCUGCGCCCCCCGCGACGCGUAGAAGUGCAGUGGUGUCGGUGUGUCUCGGUCGUGCGAUUCCUCCCCGAUCGAUGAAAAUGUAUCGGAUGAACUUUUACGAGAGCACUUGCCUGCGGUGCGACCAGACCGUGUACCAGGUGGACAGGGUCGGACCGCUCAAGGACUUCACGUUCUUCCACAGUGGCUGUUUCAAGUGUGCCGUGUGCGGGACCAAGCUGACGCUGAAGACCUACUACAACAAUCAGCACCGUCAGGAGGACAAGGAGGUCUACUGCAGCAGCCACGUGCCCAAGAUAGGCCCGGGACAUCUGGACGGGUCCGCAGUCGGGAUACGUUCCGCUCUCAAUGUACCCAGAUCCACGAACUUUGUCAAUGAACAGAUACGAGGCAGCGGGAAGGGCACUUUUGACGCGGAGGCCCUCAAUAUUCGCCCCCAUUUGAACGGCCACUCCAACCACCCAAAUCACCAGUCGCCGCAUCACCACCACCCUCAGUACCAACACAAUGACAGCUACCAGUACGGACGGUUCGACGCCAGUGCUCUUCAUAUCGCCCAUGCUCUUCGGGCUACGGAGCUACAAAAGUCUUACAACAAAGUCAGAGAGAAACCUAUUGAGUAUUACCUGGACAAGGAUGAACAGACGCGGCUGGAGAUGAAACACAGGAAAGAGGAAGACGAUUUGUACAGGAAGUUUGCGAGGCAGCGGGAAGAGGAGGAUAAGAGGAUGAAGGAAGAGUUUAGGGACGAGUGGGAGAAGGAGCUCGAGAGGCUAACGAGUCGGUUCGAGCGAGAGUUGCAGACAAAGAGGAAGCGGCCAGACGAACACAAGGUGCUAACUCUGAGGCUACAGCAGGAGCGUGAGGAUCUGGAGAAGAACAUGACCAUCAGGAGAGACAAGAAGAAAGAGUCUCUCACCAGGAAACUGCUGGAGCACGAAAGGGCAGCGACGGCAGCUCUGGUGGAGAAGCAGAGUCGAGAGAUGUUGGAGCUAAUAAACGAGAAACGCAGUGAGUACAUGAUGGCGGAGUCGUUGUACCUGGAUGAGGGUGAAGGUUAUGCUGACGACACCCUGCUGCCGUACCCUAGCCAGGCACCCACUCCCGCACCUCCACUCGUCUCCAAGUUCCAGAUAUACAACGACCCUGUCGAAUUUUCGCACAUCGACCAAAUCGCCAUAUCGGUUGCACAAGAAGAUCAAAAGACAUUCACAGAUCUAGUCCGCCAGCUCGUAGGAAGAUGUGGUUCCGACAUUGAAAAAGCCAGGACCAUUUUCCGCUGGAUAACUGUGAAGAACCUGAACACAAUGACAUUUGAUGACAAUCUGAGAGGAGACACACCCAUGGGAUUGUUGAGAGGAAUUAAGCAUGGGACAGAGAGCUACCACGUCCUCUUCAAACGGCUGUGCAGCUACGCUGGUCUGCACUGUGUGGUAAUCAAAGGCUAUUCCAAGUCUGCUGGUUACCAACCAGGUGUCCGGUUCGAGGACAACCGUUUCCGCAACUCCUGGAAUGCUGUGUAUGUGGCCGGUGCUUGGCGGUUUGUCCAGUGCAACUGGGGUGCACGCCAUCUAGUCAACGCCAAGGAGGUACCAAAGGCCGGUGGCAAGGGGGGCAAGUCCGACAGUCUUAGAUAUGAGUACGAUGAUCAUUACUUCCUAACGGAUCCAAGAGAGUUUAUCUAUGAGUUCUUCCCUCUCCAAGCUGAUUGGCAACUCCUCAAAACACCAAUUACACUUCAAGAGUUCGAGGAACUUCCGUUCGUCAGGUCACUAUUUUUCCGCUAUGGCCUCUAUUUCCCAGACUCUCACACCAAAGCUGUCAUGUACACCGAUGCCACGGGAGCAGCAACAGUGCGUAUUGCUAUGCCCACCAACAUGCAGUCAAGUCUGAUCUUUCACUACAAUCUCAAGUUCUAUGACAGCGAUGGAGAUACGUAUGACGGAGUCAGUCUGAAGAGAUUUGUAAUGCAAUCAGUGGUGGGUAAUAUGGUAGCAUUCCGUGUCCACGCCCCGAGCAGUGGAGCCUUCCUGCUGGACAUAUUCGCCAAUGCAGUGACACCGAAGGAAUAUCUCACCGGAGAGCCAAUGAAGUUCAAGAGUGUUUGCAAGUUCAAGAUAGCUUGUGAGGAACUACAGACUGUCAUGGUACCCCUGCCUGACUGUGCCAGUGGAGAAUGGGGUCCCACCAAAGCCACUCGUCUCUUCGGCCUUAUACCAAUUACACAUCAGGAUGCCCUGGUGUUUGCGGGACGGGAGCUGGAGCUACAGUUUCGCAUGUCCCGGCCCUUGACAGACUUCAUGGCCACUCUCCACAAGAAUGGAGUGGAAGAGAAACGUCUGUCCAAGUUUGUGUCACAUGUGGUCUCUGAUGACGACGUCGUAACAUUCCUCAUCAGUUUCCCCGAGGAGGGCCAGUACGGGUUGGACAUCUACACGAGGGAGCUGGGGGGUGCCAGUGCAGAAAGCACAGGAGAGAAACACUUGCUCACACACUGCUGCAAAUACCUCAUCAACAGCUCAAAGAGAAAUUGAUUCUGACUAUUCUACCAAUGGAACUAUGAAAACAUUUGACAACCUAAUCAAUCAUCUAAUCAACACUAAUCACGACUAUGAUCCAUGCAAGAUUCAUCAAUGGAGUUCCACUUGAAAAUUUUAAAACCCAAUGAUGGCAUUGUUAAAUAAAAUGUUAAUGGUUAAAAUUUGAACUGUAUCCAGAGAGGGUAUAUAAAUGAUAACUAUUAAUUAUUCUUAUCAAAAGAUGAAAAGAAUAGAUAUUGUUUACAUAACAAGUGCAUACCAAAGCUUCCCAACACUUCAGAUUAAUAAUUUUCUGGUACAAAUAUUUGUGUAGUUGUAAGAUAGAGCACUAGAAGUUGUAUUCCAUAUUUGUUUCUUUUAGGUCAAAUUUAUCUUAAGGUAGUGAAAUUCUUAAAACAUAUCACAGUUAAGAACUUUAACAAAAAUUAUUCAAAUAUUUGUUACAUAAUAUACAGAAGUAUGGACUUCCUUCUAUUGCAUGAACCAAGAACCUAAAUUGCAAAGGUAUAUCUAUUUAAAUAUGUUGCAUAUACAUUUAUUUUACAUAAAACUGUGUGAUUAAAUAAAUGAAAACACAAUUAUAAUUAUGAAAAAAUCUUUAUAAAAGUUCAUAAAAAUCUUGUACAAAUAUACAAAAAUAUUUAGCUGCAUGGAGAACUCUAAAGUUAAGCAUACAAGGCAUUUAGAAUAAUUUAUAAUAAUUGUCAAUAGUGUAACUAAUCAUGUAUAUAGUAAAAAGUUAUCAUAAAUAAUAUAUAUAAAACAAUUGUAAUGUUCUUAAUGUAGAAACAUUCAAACAGGUAUUGCAUGAUUUUGUUUGGAAAUGAAUUUUUGAACAAUAAAAACUGUGUAAUAAGCAAAACUGCAACAAAAUUGCUUGUUUCUAUUGAAUAUAUAUUUGACAGUAGUUUAAUAUUUAUUUAUUAAAUUUUAUCAGUAAAUAUUAAAUUGAUUACAAAAAAGGACGUUAUUGAUACAUAGGUUAGAAGCAAUAUUUUUAUGAUAAACAUUACUUGGAGGAAGUUAAAUAGGCAAAAAUCUGCUUGUGUGUUUCUACACAUCGUUGUACAGUACCAAAUAUAAGAUGCAGUAGGAAAACCUGCGCUAAUAUAACGAUUCAUUAUUAGACUUUUUAUAUUACAACGAAUUUCCAACUAAAACUAUUAAUCUGUUUAAUGACAUUUUAUUAAAAUCAGUAAUCCACAUUGUUGCAAUACAUAAAACAAAUUGUAUAAAAAAUAUAGUGAUGUAAAAAUUAAGAUGUAUUUAAUUUAUGUCUAUGUUUGUUUUAUACAAAUAUAAAACACUAAUGGGCCUAAUGAAACCAUACCAUAAUAUUAUAUUUUAUUAGGUGAUAUUUUCAGAGUUAAGUAAACGUCAGUAUAAUAGUCAAUAAAUAUAAAUUGUGUCAGUAUAAAAUAAUAUCUACAUCUAUAAUACUAAGUUAUUGAACAGGUAUAAAAGGACGGAUUUGAUUUCUUAACACUAAGCUAACUACUUUUAUUGGUCAAUUCACUUUUAAAUACACUAAAUUAAGGCACUAUACAUACGAGAAAACUAUUGUACAAUAUAGUGUACACUUGCACAAUUCAUUGUACAAAUAAAUAGUCAUUAUCACAAAAA